ACCACUCAGGCACUUAGUUAGUGACUCCUAUUUGACGGCACUCCGGUCUCCGGCAGUAUGGGCCCUGCCUUGAAUCACGAUAGUCGGUUCAACGUCAUCGCGAGUUUUAUGUGCAUGUGAUACGUACGUAAACGUUCGUUUGAAUUUGGAAUUUAUAGAAUAACGAGAUGACAGAGUAAAGAGAAGAAGUACAAAUGGAGGUUCCACCACAAGCCGCGGCGCCUGCAGCCCUCGGGCAGGCUCAUCUGUCCCAUUUGCCUCAACGGCCUCCCAUCAACCUCGGCUUCCAAGAUUUGUCCUACACUGUCUCUAAUGGAAAAAUAUCAAAGCUAAUCCUGCGCGGAAUCAAUGGUGAAUUCCGCUCCGGACAACUCACAGCCAUUCUGGGCCCCUCGGGGGCUGGCAAGAGUACUUUACUCAACAUACUAGCGGGAUACAGAGUGAAUGGCGCAUCGGGUCUCAUCACAACGAAUGGUCAGCCGCGAGACCUCAAGCUGUUCCGGAAGCUGUCCCGCUACAUCAUGCAGGACGACCUCCUGCAGCCGCUCAUCACGGUGCAGGAAGCCAUGACCAUGGCGGCUGACCUCAAGCUGGGAAAUGACAUGAGCACGCAGAGGAAGACUAUUAUUGUAGAAGAAAUAAUCCAGUUGCUCCGACUGGGCAAGGCAAGGAACACGGCGAGCGAGCGACUGUCAGGUGGGGAGAGGAAGCGGCUGUCCAUCGCUCUGGAGCUACUCAACAACCCGCCGGUUAUCUUCCUCGAUGAGCCCACCACUGGAUUGGACGACGUCGCCUCAUCGACAUGCGUGUCCCUCCUCAAACGCGUCGCCCGAGGAGGUCGCACCGUCAUCUGCUCCCUGCACACUCCCUCUGCGCGGCUGUUCGCAGUCUUCGACCAUGUGUACGUGGUGGCUGAAGGGAAAUGCGGAUACCAGGGCACGGCUGCUGGAGUCAUACCAUUCCUGAAGGAACUGCACCUGCCUUGCCCAAAAACUUACAAUCCUGCUGACUUUGUCAUAGAAGUGUCGAGUGGUGAAUACGGUUCGCACACUGAUUGCAUGGUAGCCGCUGCAGACAACGGGAGGAGUCAGAAAUGGAGGCAAUACGCGACAGAAGAGGUUUACGAGGAAAUGGAAAUGGAAAUAGAGCAACUGAACACUGGAGUGGUGGACAAACAUAGUUAUAAGUAUGAGAGCACGCCGUGUCAACAGUUUUCCGUGCUUUUGAAGAGGAUGCUUCUGCAAACUGUGAGAAAUAGGGACUACCUGUGGCUGCGAGUUUGCCUCCAUCUGUUCUUGGGUGGGAUCGUUGGCGCCCUGUUCAGCAGUAUGGGAUACGAUGCUUCCAAAACUCUAUUCAACUUCGGUUUUUGCUACGCUUGCAUCAUCGUUAUGUUGUACACGACCAUGAUGCCUAUAUUGUUAGCGUACCCAUCAGAAGUGCUACUAGUCAAGCGGGAGUACUUCAACCGGUGGUACGGUCUGAAGCCGUACUACGCGGCGCUGGUCGUCUCCCGCACUCCCCCCACCAUCUUCUUCUGUCUCCUCUACGUGGUCAUUGUGUACCCUCUCACCGCGCAGCCCAUGGAGGCGGCGAGGAUCCUCAUGUUCAUCACUAUAUGUAUAUUGACGGCGUUGAUAUCGGAGUCUUUGGGGACGCUGAUCUCUUCUACGUUGAGUGUUGUGAACUCCAUGUUCGUGGGGCCGGUGGUCUCUGUUCCACUGAUGCUGUUAGCGGUGUACGGCAUCGGCAGCGGAGAUGAAUCUCCUCCCAUCAUCUGGCGGCUGGCGCGGGCCUGCUCCUUCAUGAGGUACUCGCUGGAGGGCCUCGUGGUCGCGGUGUACGGACCUCCGAGGGAUGACCUCAAAUGCCCGAAUGAGGUCGUGUAUUGCGAAUAUAAGAAUCCCAAAUAUUUCAUCAAAAUGAUGGGUAUGUCAGGGGUAUCGUUCUGGGUGGACAUCGGCGUGCUGAUCGGCAUUCUCUUCGCGAUGAACCUCGCCGCCUACUACCUGCUGAGACAGCGCCUGUCUCCCAACUACGCCUUCCGUGCUAUCAAGUAUAUUGGCAGCUUUAUCAAGAACAAAAUGAGCCUAACUAUGUAAUUAAAUAAAAAAAAAACAUUAUUCCUACACAAAAAAUGUAGACGUACUGACAAAUAGUCAAUUUUGUAAAUUAUUUAUCAAAAAAAAAAUAAUGUUUACAUUCACAAACGAUUUAUAUAUUUCAAAAUAAUUGUGCCUUUUUGUCAUAAAAAAUGAAAAUAUGUUGUUAAAAAUUACCUUGUGAAAUCUGAAUGGAUAGUCUAUUUUUAACCGACUGUAUGUAUGUUUUUUUUAUGUAUGUCCAGCGAUAUUUCCGUUAUUUAUGGAUCGAUUUUAAAAAAAUCUUUUUUUGUUUAGAGGUUUUACUUCCAGGGUGGUCCUAUUUUUUCAUAUCAGGAUCUGAUGAUGACAUCCUGGAGAAAUCGAAGGGAACUUUCGAAAAUCG